AUGCAUGGUAAAUCGGACUGUCUUGAGCAGAUAUCUUAUAAUAAGUCACUUUUACUGCCUCAUCUUAUAAUAAGUCACUCUUUACUGCCUCACCUAAAUAUCACUAUUUUGCAUGAACAUCUGUCACUGCAUCUUAGCUUCGAAUUUUGCAUCAUUAGAUGGUAUGCAGCUUACCUUCAUUUUCUUCUAGGUCCAACAUCACGUGGGGAACUCCAGAUACCUCCAAAAGGUCUUCUUCUGGUCACACAUGAGCCCAGCUCUGUUAGCACAACACCUGGUCCCCAUAUCAGAGGAAGUACUCUGAGAGCAUUUUCUCUGGGUGACAAGGAAGUAGAUCUUUUACUUCCUGGUACUGCAAGGUUGCGAGUGCAGCUGGGAGUUAACAUGCCAGCCCAAGCCAACCGCAAGCUUAUAGAAGAUGAGGUUGAUUCUGCAGAAAUUGAACUUUUUGAGGUUUAUGACGUAGUUCUCUAUAUGGGCAUUAUCGACAUACUGCAGGAAUAUAAUCUGAAGAAAAAGAUAGAGCAUGCUUAUAAGUCAUUGUGGUAUGAUCCACUGUCAAUUUCCGUUAUUGAACCCAAACUCUAUGCUAAGCGGUUUAUCAGUUUCUUGGAGAGAGUAUUUCCUGCCAACGCCGAAGGAUAUCAAUAGACAGUUUUGACUCGCUGUAUCGUAACUGUGAGAUAGCUAUAGCUUAUAUUUUGCUCGAGAAUGAAGUGUAAACAUUAUUAAUUUUCUCAGUCGCCACGUAAAUCUGUGUUGACGAUUUUUACAGUCAUUUACAUUAUGCUGGUCGGGGCUUGUUCAUCAGAUUCCGAUAGAAGUCUGAGGUGCUUAUAUAGUAAAAGCAUAUUAUCUAGCC